AUGCGUUUGUCUGGAAAGUUUGAGACUGCGCCCUUCGACAAGUUCUCAUGGGGAAUAGCAAAUAGAAAGAGUUCGAUUCGUUUGCAAAGAAAUAUAAAAGAAAAGGGUAAAGGCUUUAUGGAGGAUAGGAGACCGGCCGGGGACUGUGACCCUUAUCUUGUUUGCGGCCUAUUGAUGGAUACCUGUUUGGGAUCUGCUGGUGGUGGCAAGGGUGGAAAAUGCAAAUAA